UCACAGGGCAGAGAGGAGACCAGAGGCUAGAAGAAACUCACUCAGCCAUCUGGACGCUGUGGAGAUGCCCCCGCUGUUUGAGGAACCAAAACCUGGGGACCUGAUUCAGAUUUCACGCUUUGGAUACCAGCACUGGGCCCUCUAUGUGGGAAAUGGUUACGUCAUCCACCUGGCCCCGCCCAGUGAGUAUGCAGGAGCUGGCUCCUCCAGCAUCAUGUCCGUGCUGACCGACCGAGCCGUGGUGAAGAAGGAGCGUCUCCGGGACGUUGCUGGUGGCGACCGGUACCGAGUCAACAACAAGUAUGAUGGGAGGUGCUCGCCGCUGCCUGUCAGCAAGAUCCUCAUGGAGGCCAAGUUUCUGGUGGGCCAGAAGAUGCGGUACAGCGUCACCAGUGAGAACUGCGAGCACUUCGUCACCCAGCUGCGCUACGGCCAGCCCAUGUGUGACCAGGUCCGAGAUGCCAUGGUUGCAGGGGCGGUGGGGAUCGUGGGAGUUGGAGUCCUUGUGGCAGCUGCUACAUUCAUUGGCUCAUUGCUCUCUGACAACAAGCAGGAGGAUGAAUAAUGCAAACGUUGGCCUGGGCCAAAGAGCCGAGCAAGAUCCAUGGGAGCUGAUCUUUACUAGCUGGCUUAGCUUCUCACUUGCUUUCUCCUUUGGGAUCACUGCCCUUGGGAGUUCGUUCCAAUGGUUAAUCACUGGCACUGUGACACAUUGGUGCCUUAUUUCUAAUUGGAAUGUGUCUGGCUUUGACUUCUAGCCAUUAGGUCUUGUCCUGCCUUUCUCUGCUAGGUUAAAGAGCCCUUUAGUGCCUGGGAUUUUCUCCCCUCAUGAAGAUACUUAUACAAAGUGAUCAGAGCAGUAACUAGCUAUUUUUGUGCCCGAGGCAAGAAUAUAAAAUUGUGCCCUCCCCCCUCCA